CGUUUGACUGCACGCGUCAAGCGCACGGGAGGGAGUUCUCCUCCUCUGACGAAUUCCGUUCUCAUAUUCACUCUAUCGCAGCUACUGUGCAGCCCCGUACAAGCGGAUAUACAGCGUUGCCUGGGGACAGUAGGCUGUUCGCAGAGAAACCAUACGACAUCCAUUCCUGCUUUGUUCGCUAUUAUUAUGACAACUCCUUAAUGAAUGACUAUUGAUCGGCCGGAUGCAGAGAUGCGAGGGGUUCUGAAGAGAAGGUUUGCUGAGGUAGAGGAGGAGGCCAGCUACGUCUCAUCCUCUCCAUCGUCGUCCUCCUCCUCCUCGCCAUUAUUCUCCUCCGAGUGGGAAUCGGAUGGGGAGAACCAACUGAUCCUCCCGGCCCCCAGGGCCCCUGCUCAACCUGCCUCUGCCCCCAAAACUCCCAUGGAAAGCUUAGCGCGAUGGUCAUGUUGAGGGAACCCAAACCACACUGGCACUCUAAAAGGCAUUGUUAGCAAUGUUCGGUUCAUUCUUGAGUAAGUGGAGACGUGCCGACGGAAGAGGACACAACGUGAGAUUCGACACGGUGACCGUCUUCCACUUCCCGCGGUGCCAGGGCUUCGUGAGCGUGCCCAGCCAUGGAGGAGCCUCGCUGGGCAUGGUGUGGAACCACAGCGCCCUCCACAGGUACACGCUGGAGGAGCAUGCGGCGGCCCGACAGCGGAGACACCGGGAAAGACUCCUGGAGAGGCUGAGGGAGGACAGGCUGGAGCGCUGGAGAAAUAAAUUGGUAACUAGCGGUGCCCUGGACCGCAGCGAGGCCGACCGGCUCACCGUGGACCAGCUCCCGGGCGGGUACCUGGAGGUCCCCAUGGAGCACCCGGCCCCAGACGGGGGCAUCUGGUCCCUGCAGCCGUACUCCUACAGGCAGAGGCAGGCCCUGCUGCGCGGGGCCGGGGUGAAGCACGUGGACCGGGAGGAGAAGAGGCAGCUGCACUCCCUGCGUCUCUCCCGGGAGGCCUGCGGCUGCGACUGCCGGGGCUUCUGUGAGCCUGAGACCUGCGCCUGCAGCCUGGCCGGCAUCAAAUGCCAGAUGGACCGCUCCAGCUUCCCUUGUGGCUGCUCCAUGGACAGCUGCGGGAACAGCCAGGGGCGCAGCGAGUUCAACCCGGGCCGCGUGAAGACCCACUACCUCCACACCGCCAUGAGGUUGCACCUGGAGGGGAGGCGGCCGCCGGGGGCCGCAAAUAACCACGACGACCAGAGGGAAGUACCCGGGCGUUGCGGCGAAGACGACCGGCGUGGCCGUGUUCCAGAACGGCAGACCCGGCAAGACGGCUGCCCUUUCGGGUUCAGCACCGAGGAGGAGGAGGAGGGCGGUCUCCUGUUCCCCUCCGUGCCCCCCACCACUUCCACAGCCUUCUGCUUAACCCCUGAGCCCUCGGAGCUGGGAGAGGAGGGCAGCAGUGGCGGUGAUACGAUGGAUUCCUCUUUCUCUUCCUCUGAUCUCGACGCGGCUGAGGAAGGCGCAGACGGCACGCCACGCCGUCGAUCCGAGGUCACCGAGGAAACCGGACCCCUGUCCUGUGUCCUCAGCAGGCUGGACCCCCAGCGGACCCACUGCAACGCAACGGAGGACGACCUUCAGCACAUGAGUAGCACCCGCCCACUUCCUGCCAGCCCCCUCUCCGACCCUGCGUCUCCCCUCGAAGGUGCUCAAACCACUGUGGUCGUGCGCCAAGACGAAGAUUCCCACAGGACCCCUUCCCCUUCUACCUCCUCUACUUCUACGGGGUAUCUGGACGAAAACGCCAACGAGGCCACCGACUUUUUCGGCGAGGACUCUCUGGAAAAAUUCCCAGAUGCAGCCCUCUUCACUGCAAACUCCUCCUGCUCCUCCUCCUCCAACGGUUACGUGGACCUCAGCGUCUCCUCGGAUUCGGACCUUGAGUUCUUCGACAGCGAUUACCUCACCUGCGGUGGCCAACUACACAACUCCUUCAAGGGAGGCGGGUCUCUGGAAGGCCUGAGGCACCUCCAGACCCUGACUUCCUGCAGUCUUCCACAGUACCCGGAGACACCUGUCUGCCUGCUCGAAUCUCUCAUUGGCUCGUCGUCUGAACCAAUCGCGGAAGAUGCACAUAUGGUAACCUUUAGUCAGCUCUUGGAGGUACUGCAGUGAUGCAGGUCUUGUCUGAUGCGUAUUGGCGAUUACUACUGUAUGUUCAUUAUGUAUUGAGGAAUAUGUUUUCUGUUUUGUAUAUUUGUAUGGCUGUUUUGGAGUAGAUUAUCUUUUUCUACAUGAUAUUGAAUACAAUCUUUUUUCUAGAUAUUUUAUAUUUUCUCUAUCUAUCGAUAUCCUAUCGUUUUUUUAAUUUAUGAGUGUUUCAUUCUUUGCAUAGAGAUUAAAAUGUGUUAUUUAAUUCCUUCAUGCUUUAAAAGCAUCAUCUUUAUCAGAUUUAUUCAAGGUUUUCAUUUUAUUUAUUUGUUUUAUUUCAUAUUGGGUUGAUAAAUGGCUAAAGAUUGGUCAAAUGGACUAAUGUAAAUACUCAGGAAUUAUCGAAUUAAUCAAAGCGGAGCGAACAUAAAGGCAUUAGGAAAACGAUUUUAUACGCCAUUGUCUGAAAUGCUCCAUCACACAACGGUAAAACACAUUUAAUUUUUUUAUUAAAAUAUUUUCUCCAUAUACACCACUGUACUCUCCUAGCAAAUACUUGUGUGCUAACGCUGUACUUAAUACUGUAUAACAAAUCGAUGCCAAAUGUUAAGCAUAUUUAUUAUAUUGUAUACCUACCUUUUAUGAGGGAGGACUAUUUUCACAUUGGUCUAACUAGGAUUUCAGUGGAAGGUCCGAUACCCCGGUUAACCCGGGAGGACCACAUUCAUUUAUAAAUAACAUUGAAACACUUCUGCAAGCAGUUAUUUUCAUGUGGUUAUGUAAAUGUCAGAUGAUGCAAAUGUAACAACCAAUGUUUAACACUGGCUGAACAUUAUAAUUGUGCAUUAUUUUUGUCUGCGAAAUAAUUGUAAAUGUGUUUAAAAGGAUUUACAGAGGAUUUACACAAUUAAUAAAAUAUGUAUUUAAGAUUAUGACGGUGUAUGUUUGAAUACAAAUAAAAUGUAUAAUAUUGCCGAAAUAAAGCAAAACAUAUAUUGGAUCAAAAAUCA